GAAACUGUAACCACUGUAACCCAGCGACGCGGCAACGCGUCGUUCCUGCUGUUCGUCUGCUGCGGGGCUUCCGAGUACACACACACACAACAUGGCUGACGUAGUGGAAGAUGUUGUGACCCAAGUGAAGGAUUUUCUGACAGAUUCGCCGGUGAAUGGCACCCGCAAGACGCCGGCCACCCCCGAGGGGAUGGCCAUGGCCUACACCAGCCUGGUGGUCAUGGCUGUCCUGCCCAUCUUCUUCGGCGCGCUGCGGUCCGUGCGCUACCGCAAGGUGCAGAUGGAAUCUGGCACCAAACCAGAAACUAUGACAAAGAAGGACGCAGCCGUCUUCCCCCUGGUUGCUAGUGCUGCGUUAUUUGGCCUCUAUCUAUUUUUCAAGAUUUUCUCUAAGGAGUACGUUAACUUAUUGCUGACUGGAUACUUCUUCAUACUAGGUGUUAUCACUCUUACGCACUUAGUGAGUCCUCUGAUAAAUACACUUGUACCUGCUGCUAUACCAAACACACCAUUCCACUUGCAUUUUAAGUGUGGAAGUGGAGAUGAGGAAGAAGAUAUUAUCAACUAUAAAUUUACCUCACAUGAUAUUGUGUCUCUGAUCUGUUGUUCAGUAUUUGGAGCGUGGUAUUUAUGGCAGAAGCACUGGGUUGCCAACAACCUCUUUGGCAUCGCAUUUGCCAUCAGUGGAGUUGAAAUGCUCCACCUGAACAACAUUGUGACUGGCUGUAUUCUACUCUGUGGUCUGUUUGUCUAUGACAUCUUCUGGGUAUUUGGUACCAAUGUCAUGGUCACUGUGGCAAACUCGUUUGAAGCUCCAAUCAAAUUGGUAUUUCCUCAAGAUCUCCUUGAGAAAGGUCUGUCUGCCAGCAACUUUGCAAUGCUUGGCCUAGGAGAUAUUGUCAUUCCUGGCAUUUUUGUUGCACUUCUUCUGCGAUUUGACCACAGCCUGAAGCGCAACACAAGAACAUACUUCUACUCAACUCUCAUUGCCUACCUUUUGGGUCUGCUGGCAACCAUUUUUGUGAUGCAUGUUUUCAAGCACGCACAGCCUGCCCUGCUGUAUCUUGUGCCAUGUUGCAUUGCAGUCCCGUGUGGUGUUGCCCUCAUCAAAGGAGACCUCAAAGCCUUGUUUGCAUAUGAAGAUUAUGAAGCAUUCGUAGAGGUUGCUAGCAAGAAACCAGCCUCUUCGAAAGAAAAGAAGCAAAAGUAAUGUCUCUAGCUAAUAGAUUAUAUUUUUUGUCCGAAUUGUAAAUGUUGCACAUUUCCAGACAAACUUUCUUGUGACCUCUUUGUUUUUACAAGUUGUGCUACAAAAAGUAUGCGCAAUGAUAUAACUAAUUUAGGACAUACUUCAUGGUCAGUGGAUUCAGAAGUUGAAUGCUCACUUUAUGUUUCAUCUUACUUCCCUUGCAAUCUUGAGUCAACGAGAUGCAAUGACUCCAGUAUUCUUGUCUUUGAUAAUUUCAUAUGCGGUCGUGAGUAAUCGUAAUUGGUCCCCUAAUUUAAGCAAGGAUAGAUCAAUGUGCUGUGUCACCGUUUUGUUUUAGUUUGUCUUCCACAUAUCUGUGCUUCCUCAACUUGAUUAUGUCAUGUCAUAUUGAUAUGUUCUCAUUCCAUUAUUGUAGCCUUGCACACAAUAGUUUUUGUUUAAUGUAGACAUGGCGUACAAGCAAUUUUCAUUGAUACUUGUUUCGUACCUCGUUCUUUAAAUUGUAUUAUUGACUAUUGCAAGCUGAUAACUUUUUAAGCGUGACAGGUUUUGUGUGCUCCUAUGCUUCCCUAUGUUUGUUGUCUGUACUUAUUUGGAAUUGUGAUAUCUGUGUUUGAAGAGCCAUGUUUGGAACUGCAAGAAGUCAGGAAGCCCAUCUGUACUGUAAAUAGUCAUUCUGCACAAAGAGAUUGUUGUGUCGUCCUACCUAAGUGAUGCUGUUGAUCUGUAUUUGAUGAUCAUUGUCAUGAAGAGUUGACUGAUUUUACUGAGCUGUAUAUACUGCAUCUGAAAAGAACUAUCACAGUAAAGAGCGAAGCUUGCAUAUAUGAGAUGCGCAUUUAGACACUUUGUCUCAUAUGAUUAUAAGAGUGACAUAUUUUUAUUUAUAAAUAAAUAGAGAAUUUUUUGUAGCAAUUACAAAGUUAUUUUGUUUUUUCUCUGAUAUCCUGUAAAUUGAUGUUCUCUGUUUUCUGCCAAAUUAAUGCUUGUACAUAUAACAACAUGUUCAAGCUGGAUAUUUUAUGUGUUUGUGUAAGGUGAUUUCUGAUUUUCACUAAAUUAUAAAUGAUGGUAAUAAUAAUGA